AUGCCCAGUCGACUCCUGAAAUCCCGACCUCAGUUCAUCCCCAACCGCAGACACCACGGCAUUGAAAACGAGCCCGCCUAUCUGGAUGCCGCCUCAGAUGCGAACUUAAGAAUAAAGCUUGCGCCUGCUUCAAACGGCGCUAUGAACACAUACAAUCGCAACGGCGCAGCGCUCAAUUCGAAUCCCGACCCUUAUGCAAACGCCGGCUCCUCGCUCAACCGCACCCCAAGGGCACCCCCUACCAUCCGCACUGUCCCAAGCUUCGAAGCUGCCUCCGAAGAUUCUUCCUCCGAGUCGCCUUCAGCACGGAACAGCGGCUUCUCCAGCUCCGUACACAGUAAUGUCAGCGGCGCGUCCUACGUAUCCCUGUUACCACCAGCGCACAGUGGCUCGACUGUGAGGUUAAAAACGCAAUCACACCAACAGGAUCUGUCGUCAAGAUACCAGUGCGAGGGCUCACAGAUGUCGUCGAGCGAUGCAACCGUCACAGGCAAGGAAAACGCGGCAGACCACCGCAUGUCGUUGCAAGUACCGGAAGCAACACCUGUGGAAGAACAGUCCAGUUUUGCGCGAGAGAGCUCACCACAAUGGGACGGCGCGGUUGGCAAGGCUGGGCUGGGAAAGACGGGCAGAGUGAUCAACAAGCUCGUGUCCGACAAUGAAGCAUUGAAACGUGACAUCAAGAUUGAGAGGAUGAAGGCCGAAGAAUCGAAACAAGCCGCUAAGCUGGUUGAGGACAAGAUGGAGCGCAUGGUCUCCGACUAUGAAUCACGGCUUUUGGAAGCCAAUGUCACCAAGACCUUGUUGAGUCGGAAAGAACGACAGGUGGAACACCUACAGUCGGCAGUCGAGUUGGAGAAGAAACGUACCGCCGAUGCUCAGGAACGAGAACGGACAUGGCGAGAGGAGAUGGAGAAAGGGCGGCGCGACACCAAGAUACAGGUCGAGGAGGCAAACACUCAGGCGGCGUUGAUGGAAGGCCGGUACAAUGCCAUUUCAUCGCAUUGGCGGGACCAAGGUGAAGAAGUGAAACUGGCAAUGACCAACUUGAACGGACGGAUAUUGACACUGGUCGAUGAGCGGAGGAGUGACGACCGGAAGAUUGGUAUCCUGCGGGAUCUAUGCGACCAACAGGACGGCAACAUCCGGGAUCUCAAGAGGCAAAAUGAAGAGAUCAACCAACAGUUUGAAUCCUACAAGCGCGAACAAGAAGCGGCCCUGAGAGAUAUCAAGAAGGCGGCUGGGGAACGAGAAGAGGAGCAAUCCAGAACGAUCGAAGAGACGAAGCAAGUACUUGCCAAGCUUAAAUGGGCGCUCAACGUCAAACGUGAGGUGAAGGGCGCGCAAUGA